AUGGCCCAGAUCCUCGACCAGACCCGUUCGGGCGGCGCCUCCCUCAACGACGGCUUCUUCCACGCCUCCAUCCCCACGCUUGCCUUUGGCGGCGUCGGCUCCUCUGGCCAGGGCGCCUACCGCGGCAAGGCCUCGUUCGAUGUCUUUACCCAUCGCCGGUCCGUCACCACCACCCCGGCCUGGCUCGAGAGCCUCCUCGAUGUUCGUUACCCGCCCUACACGCCCAAGAAACAGAAGAAAUUCGCGGCCAUGAACAAUGUGAAGCCCAACUUUGACCGCGAGGGCCGCACAAAGUUGAGCUGGAGUGGCUGGCUGUUGCGGUGGGUAGGCGCCAAGGGCCUCGCCGUCGCUAUUGCGGCUAUCGGUGUGAGGCUGUAUUUGCAGCGGAGGGCCAAAUUGUAG